CUUAAUUAGUUUAAACAUAUGAAGCAAAACAUGAAGCACUAUUCUGUUUUCCUUUCUAGCAUUUUUGUAUUCUAUUGUCUUUUUACAAUAAUCGAAGGAAGAAAAUUCCAUAGCAGUUGCAAGAAGCAUCACAAGGGUUAUGGGCAUUCUUGUAAUUCUACAACCAUUUUCAACAUAAUGUCAUUUGGAGCUAAAGCCAGUGGAGUUUCUGAUGAUUCCAAGAAACUCGUAAUGGCAUGGAAAUCAGCAUGUAAAGUUCCUGAAGGAGUUGUGCAAAUUCCGUUAGGUCAUAAGUUUCUCAUCAAACCGGUAACACUUCAAGGGCCGUGUACGGGUCAUGUUACUUUUCAGAUAGAUGGGACACUACUAGCACCGUCGAAAAUUGGAUCAUGGUCAAAGUCAAACUUGUUUCAAUGGAUAAAUUUCAAAUGGGUUCAAAAUUUGACAAUCCAAGGAAGUGGUAUUGUUGAUGGUCAAGGCUACAAUUGGUGGAAUCCCAUGAAAUCCAAACACAUUUCAGAUAUCAAACCAACUGCAUUGAGAUUUUAUGCAAGCGAAGAUAUCACUAUUCGUGACAUCACCAUAAAUAAUAGUCCACAAGUUCAUUUGAAAUUCGACAACUCUCGAGGAGUCAAAGUCAACAACAUUACCAUUUCAUCACCCGGAAAUAGUCCAAACACAGAUGGCAUUCACCUCCAAAACACACGUGAUGUAGAGAUCAUGUAUUCAAAUAUCGGAACAGGAGAUGAUUGUGUCUCCAUACAAACUGGAUGUUCAAAUGUUCACAUUCAUCACAUAAACUGUGGCCCGGGUCAUGGUAUAAGUAUUGGAGGAUUAGGAAAAGAUAAAAGUAUCGCAUGUGUAUCGGAUAUUUUGAUAGAGAAUUCUAUUAUUGAAAACACUCUUUAUGGAGCAAGGAUCAAGACAUGGCAGGGUGGAGUAGGGUUGGUGAAAAAUGUUACUUUUUCAAACAUUCAGAUAGUAGAUGUUAAUUUUCCAAUAGUAAUCAACCAAUACUAUUGUGACAAGAGUCUUUGUCAAAAUCAAACAGGCUCUAUAGCCAUAAAGGGGGUGAAUUUUGACAAAAUUGUGGGAACUUACUCAACUCAACCUAUCCACUUAGCAUGUAGUGAUGAAAUUCCAUGUACAGAUAUUGAUUUAAGUGAUAUUCAAUUAAAACCUUCUAGAGGACCACUUGGAGGAUCUCAGCUUCAACAAGCAUUGUGUUGGAACUCUUAUGGGAAAUCAAAGGGUCCAUUGGUACCAUAUAGUAUCAACUAUUGUUUAAGGAAAGGUGGUGAUGAUUCGAUUCACCCAAUUUCAGGAUCUUCUAAUGAAUUAUGUUGAAGGACAAUUAAUAUGAGGGAAAUUUGUGUAGAAAAUGUAAAUGUUGAAGGACAAGUAUGUAAAUGUAAUGAGCGUAUUGACUUUGGGCUCGGACCAGUUGGUGGGCCAAGUCUUUGCUUAGACUAAUAGGCGAAGAUAGCACGGCAAAUUGGCAAUGACUUCAAGUGUUAAAAGUGACUUAUGUGUUAA